CCAUUGGUGUUAGACAAUACAUUUUUGUUCUCUUAAGUGUGUAGGGAUAUAAGUGGUCACACCCCCGGUUUCAUAAGUUCUAAUUCAUCCCUUGCCAAAUAAAAAUCCCCUACAUUAUUAAGGAAUAUUAAUUAUGCUUAGCAAGCUAUAGGGUUGCGAAAUAUUUUUUGAAAAAUGGAGGAAACCACCCAGAAGGAGGCGAACUAUCCUCGGAUAUUGCCUCGAAGCUUGACGGCCGCCUGUUGCAUAAAAAACAAGGGGGCACUAGAUUGGAGUUCUACCAGUCUUCUAGCCUAUGGCUCGAAUUACACAGUUGUGGUAGUUGAUACUGUUGUGUUACAAGUGGUUCAAACACUAGAUAAACAUAAAGCAGCUAUAGUCAAGGUAAAAUGGCCUGGACGAAUAAUGUCAGGAGCCACAAUGUCGGGUGCGUCAACCCAGAAAUCGACAUAUCAACCUAUACUUCUUGCAUCUGCUGAUACUUCAGGUCUGAUAAUCAUUUGGGAUGUGAUAACUGGUGUGGCAUUACACAUUUUAAGUGAUGGGAAUAGACCCAUACAAGAUAUGAUGUGGUCCAAACACUUUGACCAAAGUGAAAAGUAUCUGAUGGUUAUACACCCUCCUUAUUCAUUUGUGGUCUGGGAUGUCACAACAGGAAAUAAAUUAUGGAAAAAAACAUAUACUGAAAAUAUUCUUGCAAUAGAUUUAGAUCCAUUUGAUUCUACACGACUGGCAUUUCUAUGUCCUGAUUGCAUCCUUUUCGUGGAAGAUUUUUCGUUAUAUAAAGCCUCCUCCAGCAAUGGUCGGAAGUUCUAUAUUUCGUCUCCAAAAGCUGCCACAACACCUGGUACUCCAAGUGUUUCAUUCCCAACCAGCUCUUCCGAUCGCUCUCGUGAUCGGCUUCGUAAAUUGAUGCGAGACAUCAUUGUUGGCGAAUCUGCCCCCCGCCCAGAAGAGCAGGGCAUGACUUCACUUAAUGAAUGCCUUCAGCUUAGCUUCCAUCGUUGUUUACGCCACAUAAUUUGCUUGGUCUAUGCCAGGGAAAUCCUUCUGGUAGACCUACGCAUCCACCAUACAGUCGCGGUUUUGCUGUCAACGGACCGAAGCUAUUCUCCACUACAACAACUGAUACUAUGUCGUCAAAGGGAUGUAUUGAUUUGUGUCCACGAGUCUGGCUCGUUGAGUGGCCGAAUCAGAAAAGGAAUCAUGCAAUCAAUGGAAACUACGACCCCAUCCCAUUCUCCGUGGAACACACCAGAAUUAGAUGUUGAGUUACAUUACGAACAACGAUCACAGACAGACAGUAUUAGGUUAACCAAAAACAACAAAAUCCUUGGGGCUGCUUUGCAUCCUCUUCUAGAAUCCCGUACAGUUCUCCUGCUUUCUGACGGAAGGCUUUACUUCUACGACUUGAGUUCAAACGUUAUGAAACAGCAGGGAUGUCUAGCCGAAAUCAUGCCUCCCCUGUGGACCAACUGUGAUAGCAAACUUUCACUCAAAUUCUGUCUCUCAGGAUUGCUGACAUCAUUAUCUGGCUACGUACCCUCUUCCAAUCAGUUCGUUAUGAAAAUGUGUCCACCACUCACUGUUAAAAAUUGGCAAUACUACCAACCACUGGCAGCAAUCGGUUGCGCAAAUGGAACCAUUCAAGUUUGUGAUGUAUCAUCUGGCCUGAUCAAAAAGGAACUUGCUGUGCAUAACUACGCUGUUAAAGGCAUCGAAUGGAUUCAAAUGGAUGAAUUUCUUAGCCACGCACAGUCUCCUCCGGCUGCAAUUGGUGGAUGGGUGCGUAACGAAAUCCUCUUGACAAACGUUCAAACGGGAAGGGUAGUGUCAAUUCGAGCCGAUCGAGGAGAAGAAUCGCCAAUAGAGCUCGUGCGCGUUUCGCCGUUAAAGCAAUACUUUAUGGUAGUCUUUAAGGAAGCGCCACCUGAGCUGUGGGAUUUGCGUCAUUUGACUCUUAUCCGCACACUCCCGAAACGUUUUCCUACCAUCACUAGUCUAGAGUGGCUACCUUCCCAUCUUCAGCGACAUGUAAAGAAAUCUCUAGCCGAAGAUUCAGAUUCAAGUGUCACCUUGUUGACGGGUAUGAGCGUAAAGGAGUUUUUUGUGUUCGCUGAUCCGGAUGGAAAUCUUUACCACUUGACUGUCGAUGGAAGUGUGGUCAAAGACGGUGCACGACUGUCGCCGCCGAACACUUUGAACGGGAUCGUCUCAAUGGCAUGGAAAAGCGAGUGGAUGGCUCUUGGCGACGCAGAAGGUGGCGUCGCCAUUUGGGAAUGGAGAACACGCCACUUCCGUCCCUUGCCCCACUCCAAGAGUCCCAUUCGGAAAUUAAGGUUUGCUCCAGGGAAGAAUAAUAUGAAGCUACUCGUACUUCAUAUGGAAGGUCUUGAUAUCUGGGAUGUGAAAGAAAGCGAGCGGUUGGGACAAUGGAAAAAUUCCCCUUUUCGAGAUUAUCUUUCUAUUUUGGAUGCAGAAUGGUCGGCCUCCGACAGACCACUAUUAGCGUGCUCUGACGGUUCCAUAAGGGUCUUUGACAUAUCAUUAAAUCAGUGCAGCUCGUCCUUAGCGGAAGAUGCACGAGAACGAAUUUCAUUCCCGUUGGAAGGGAAUAACUGA